AUGGUUGCUCCUCUUGCACUCAUCUUCAUGACCCAGUGGAUGCUGUUGAUCACCCAGUUGUGUGUUGGUUGGCACUGCACAGACUUGGAGAUGCCAGACUCGCCUAUUAGAAAUUUGAUGCUGAAUCAGUGGAAAAUGGAACUGAGUUGGAUGAGCAGCAUGAAUUUCACUGAGGACACGUGUUCAGUGACUGCAGGAGAUUUUACCGAGACUAUAAUGGAGAGUGUAACUCGUUGUGUAAUGCCCAGCACUUUGCAGUGUCCCAUCCACAAUAAUGGAAGCCUGUACUAGAGCAGUGUAGGUUCCCCUGAGACUUAUUCUAUCAGAUGCAGCUAUGUGUUUGCAGGCAUGAAUGGGUCGGCCAUUGAAAAUUUCUCCUGUGUGAUUUAUAAUGUUUCCCUCAUGAACUGCACUUGGCAGGCAGGCAAGGAUGCUCCGGGAGAUACCCAAUACUUUCUCUACUGGCAGAACUCGAGAUAUGAUGAUGCAAUGGAAUGUGAGCUUUACAUUAAAGACGAAAAUGGCAGAAACACGGGGUGUAGAUUCCAAAAUGUGAGGAUAGAGGUUGAAAAAGCUUACUUCCUGGUGAAUGGGUCUAGCAAAGAUUCCCCAAUCCAGUUCUAUGAUGAGUACAUUGAACUGUAUAAAAUUGAAAAGCUCAUGCCUCCAUCAAAUAUCACUGUCAACUGUGAUGAAAUUAAAAAUGAUUGCAUAAUUCAAUGGCAACGACCCCAAAUAAGUCAUUCUAACAAAGACAAGUGUUUUAAAUAUGAAAUCAACAUAAAGUAUAAGGAAGGGGGGAAUAGCCACACAUUUCAAAGAUCCAAUACAAGAAAGAAGUACCUCUUGAAAAUGAGAACAGCUGGCAGUGCGUGCCUCACGACCUCAGCCUGGGGAGAGUGGAGUGCACCUGUAGAGUUUGGAAAUGAAGAAAUUAUUUCUUCUUCAGUAUGGAUUUUACUUGUGGUAGCAGUUGUGACUCUCUUAGUGGCAAUCGCUGCAAUUUUGUUCUGCAAAAGGACUGGCUGUUGGAAAGCAGCAUUUCCACAAAUCCCAGAGCCAAAAAAUGCAUUUUGUGGACUGCCUGAUACAAAUCCAGAGCUGAUGGAGAACAAAAUUCAGUCAAUAACAUCUGAAAAUGAAGAGAUAAUACUAGUUGCUGACCUAGUGAAAUAA